CAGAUCUUUCUCUAUGGCUCGUACGAAGCAGACCGCUCGCAAGUCCACCGGCGGCAAGGCGCCGCGCAAGCAGCUGGCCACCAAGGCGGCCCGCAAGAGCGCGCCCGCCACCGGCGGCGUGAAGAAGCCGCACCGCUACCGGCCCGGCACGGUGGCCCUGCGCGAGAUCCGGCGCUACCAGAAGUCCACGGAGCUGCUGAUCCGCAAGCUGCCGUUCCAGCGGCUGGUGCGCGAGAUCGCGCAGGACUUCAAGACGGACCUGCGCUUCCAGAGCUCGGCCGUGAUGGCGCUGCAGGAGGCGUGCGAGGCCUACCUGGUGGGGCUCUUCGAGGACACCAACCUGUGCGCCAUCCACGCCAAGCGCGUCACCAUCAUGCCCAAGGACAUCCAGCUGGCUCGCCGCAUCCGCGGGGAGAGAGCGUAAAAUUGUCCUUCCUAGUUUGCCUUGGACGUAUUCGCUUUCUCCCUCCCAAAAGGCUCUUU